AUGAGUCCCUUACCUAUCGUCGCUCGUGAAGAGACACACCGUCGCCCAUAUGGUCCUCGGUCGCGAAAUGGCUGUCUGACGUGUAAACGUCGCAAGGUUCGAUGCAAUGAACGCAGACCUCGAUGUUAUCAUUGCCAGCGUCUGAAUCUGGAAUGCGAUUGGAAAGCCAUCGAGCCACGACAGACCCCCGUGCAGAACGACGCCGAUCCUUUCAAAUCAAACGUCACUUUGGAAUUAAACCAUGUGUCUCCAUCGCCUCACAUGUUUGACUUCCAAUCCAUGACAGCCCCCACGGAGGGCUUUUCCAUGUUCCAAAAUGUCUAUUUUCCUGACUUUGGUGAUUUUACCACUUUGGGAAACACCUCCUAUGAGCAGACCCGAUCUAGCGACGCAGAUUCCCCGAACUCUCAGCGCCAACGACAGUCACCACAACAAUCCCCAGUCGCCAAUCCGGAUGUUGAAAGCUCGCUCCAUUUACACCUGCCGCCAAUUCUUGACCCGGUUGAGAAUGGUCCGAGAUGCGCUUCUGCGCGAGAGCUGCUUGAGAGCAUGGCAGCCUCUUCCACGAUGCUCCGCUCUUCGAUCGCGGCCUUUGAAGCGAUACAGUCCGGAAAUGCCGGGGGGAUGGCGGAAUACCAGCAACACUACGACAACGCUGCGACUGAGUUGUCGCAAAAGUUUGAAAAAUCCCCAGGGGAAAUUAUAAUCAGCAAUAAUGAACUCAGAUACGUUCUAGCUACUAUCUUUUUCCUUACAUACAUAAAUUUCCUUACUGCACGAUUGGAUCUAGCCUAUUUGAAUCUCGGAAAGGCGCAUAAUGCGCUGCAAGCUUCCGAGAGGGGUGCAUUGGGCUCCACGGAGCUACGAAUCAUCUCAUGGAUUCGCCUGCUAGACGCCCGUGCGGCAUCGGCAGGUGGGGAAGGGGUGCUUGUCAAUGACACAUCUGGAAUCUAUACAUGCACCUCGCCCCAAAAUUCAACUUCCCCGAGCUCAACACCGCAAAGCAUGACCUCUGCCCCAAAUCCUGGAGCACACGAAGUGAUUUAUGAUCUGCUAUGCCAGCCGGGGAUAGCUUUCUUCAUGGAAGUCCAGACCAUCACAGGCCGAAUUACCAGAAUCGCACAUAAUCACCGCAGCCGAGGGAGCGUAGAGGACGAGACUGAAGUGAUGGCUAUUGCUGCAGAUAUCCUGUCAGACCUGUCAUCCUUGUAUGACCGGAGACCGCCGCUCACAGAUCAUGCCGUGGCUGGAAGUAUCGGCAAUGAUACUCUAGCCGAGCCGCUCGCAUCCACUAUUGUUCGCUCGUUCCAGACGUAUAUGGCUAACUUUUACGCCUGUUACAUUCACCUGCAUCGAGUCGCACACCGUCAUUUGGUUCGUUCUAAGGCAGCGGUGGUAGCGCUGUCCAAAAUCAAGGAAAUAGUACAUUGCAUGGUCAACAAUAAUCAAUCUAUACCGGUCAACAUGCUGUGGCCAUUAUUUCUAUGGGGUACUGAGGAAGAUGACUAUAAUGAAUUCCAAUGGAUUCUUGAGACCAUUCGUGGUCUUCAACAUGUCUUCAGCAACGCAAAUAUGACGGCCGACGUACUACAAGAGACGCAAAGGCGACAACGUGAGGGAGGCAAGCGCGUCGACAUUCGUUCUGUGUGUCUGGAGUUAUUUUAUACCACAUUUGCUAUUGUUUGA